AUGGGCUUUGCUUAUAUUUCUAAAGUCCAUACUGCUGCUGCAGGCACUUAUGGCUACCUGGCACCAGAGCUUGCAUAUACAAUGAAAGUGACCGAGAAGUGCGAUGUUUAUAGUUUUGGAGUUGUCACACUGGAAAUAAUUAUGGGAAGAUAUCCAGGAGAUGUUUCUCAUCUUUAUCAUUUGGUGCAUCAUCGUCAUCCUCAUCUGCAUCACCCGCCCCGGAAAUGCCAAUUUGGACAUUCUGGACCAACGCAUCUAGCCACCCACAAACAAGAAGCAGAGGAGGUGGUGUCUCUUGUGAAGAUAGCAUUUGCAUCCUUGAAUCCCGUCUGCAGUGUCGACCAACGAUGA